CACCAGGUGCGAUUCAGACUCAACUAACGGAAUGGUUCGGUGGUCCCGAGAAGUACACCAAAUCCAUGAAUCUCAAUCUUUACUCAGUAUACAGUUAUCCCAAUAUCGUGCUGGCGUUACUGGGCGGAUACUUGAUUGACGGCUUUCUGGGCGUGCGCGCAGCCUCUGUAUUGUUCUGCGCCUUGAUCACCAUCGGACAGCUUCUAUUUGCCAUUGGAGUGCAAUCCAAAGUCUUCUGGGUCUGUCUUCUAGGCCGAUUUGUGUUCGGCUUGGGCGGUGAAUCGCUGACUGUGAGUCAGAACGCCUUUACAGUGCGAUGGUUUGAUGGGCCGUACCUGUCGCUAUGCUUUGCGGUAGUCCUAUGCUUCUCACGACUGGGUUCCAGUGUCAACUUCAUCGUCACGCCGAUGCUGGCUAAUGCAGGGGUCCCUAUAUCUAUCUGGAUGGGUACAGCAAUGUGUGUGUUGAGUAUGGUGGCCUGUCUUCUUCUCACCGGGUUGGACUACUGGGGACAAGAUCGUCUGAAGGCAGAGACCGUUGAGGAGAAGGUGUCCUUGAAGCACAUCUUACGGCUUCCAUUGGCCACUUGGCUGAAUUUCGGUAUAUGCUUUUUCUUCUACAUCGGAAUCUUGACAUUCUACGCCGUAGCCAGUGACAUCAUGCAACAGACCGGUGCGAAGUAUGACCCCCAAACGGCGUCCUUGUUCCUCGCAGUCCCGAACUUCACGUCGGUCUUCGCGUUUCCAAUUGUUGGAUAUCUGGUAGACAAGUAUGGGCGCGCUCUGUAUUGGUGUGGGUCGGCUAGCGUCAUGCUGCUCAUCGCUCAUGUUGUGUUCCUCGGGAAUGCCAACGACUGGUUCCAGGUGCACCCCAUCUUCCCAAUGGUUUGGCUGGGUAUUGCUUACGCCAUGGGGGCGUGUGCUGUCUGGCCUAUGGUGUCGUACAUCCUACCCAACCAUGUGCUCGGCACCGCCUUCGGAACUAUGACCGCGGUGCAAAACCUGGGCACAAGUAUGGCCCCACAGCUGAUCGGCUAUAUUCAGG